CUCAGUUCCAUUUAGUGCUGUACAUCUGCCUCCUGUCAAGUUUAAGUCGAUACAACGAAAGGUGUUCAUACCAGGAGUAGAAAUUUUGGUACAGAUUACAGAUUUUGAAAGAAAUGUGACGACCCAUAUGCUUAAUCCUAAUUUAUAUACGAUAUUACUACAGCAUGGCGAAUUCAAAUGGGAGAUACGAAAAAGGUACAAACACUUUCAGCAUCUUCAUCAGCAAUUGAGAUUAUUCAGAGCAUCUUUAAAUAUUCCUUUUCCUACAAAAACACACAAAGAACGAAGGACAUCUUUUAAAAACACACUCAACAGUCAUAUGUUAGGUACAGAAACAAAUAAAGUCAAAACCAAACGAAGAAGAGGAGCAUUACCCAGGUUUCCGAAUAGACCAGAAGCACUUGUAGGCGAAGAAGGUCUUCAGAACAGGAUGAGACAACUCGAGGACUAUCUUUACAAUCUUCUUAACAUAAGCUUUUAUCGAAACCAUCAUGAAACUGUAGCUUUCCUAGAAGUAUCCAAUUUGUCGUUCAUCCGAGAUCUGGGCGACAAAGGAAAAGAAGGUAUGGUUCUAAAAAGGACAGGAUCAACUCAACCUGGACAGUCAGGUUGCACGUGUUGUGGCCUUGCUCAAAAUACAGUUUGUGUUAGGUGCAAUUACUUUUGCACUGAUGUCGUGUGCGCCAAAUGGAAGACUAGGUGGUUUUUUGCCAAGGACUCUUGUUUUGGAUACAUCAGGCCGGAGGAUGGCACAGUAAGGUCCGUGAUGUUGUUUGACCAAAGUUUUGAAGUUUCUUCAGGCAUGUACUCAACUGGUCUUCGAAACGGUCUUCAAAUUAUAAACAGCAAUCGACAAAUGGUCAUCAAAUUGUGGACCAGGAGGAAAGCCAGGGAGUGGAUGAAUCAUCUCAAAAUUAUAGCAAACAAUGAAGCUCGAGAUUUUACAUCACCCAACCCUCAUGGUUCUUUUGCACCAGUCAGGAAUGCCAUAAGUUCUCGAUGGUAUGCAGAUGCCAGUGAUUAUAUGUGCCAUGUAGCCGAUGCUUUAGAUGGAGCCAAAGAAGAAAUUUUCAUAGCAGAUUGGUGGUUGACGCCAGAAAUUUAUAUGAAGAGGCCUGCACUGAGUGGAGAUUACUGGAGAUUGGAUAAAAUACUCAAGCGGAAGUCGAAACAAGGUGUGAAAAUAUUUGUUUUACUCUACAAAGAAGUGGAAAUGGCUUUAGGAAUAAACAGCUAUUACAGCAAACAGAAACUAGUCGAAGAUAGUGAUAUUAAAGUUAUACGACAUCCAGAUCACGCCAGUGCUGGUGUUCUAUUAUGGGCUCAUCACGAAAAAUUAGUCUGCGUUGACCAGUCCAUAGCUUUCCUGGGAGGUAUAGAUUUAUGUUAUGGAAGAUGGGAUGAUCAUAAACACAGACUAACAGAUAUGGGCAGUGUCUCCCAAUCUGCAACACUCCAAAAUAAUGGAAAGAGCCUUUUGGAUAGAACUAACAGUUCAUCUACGAGUAAAAUUAGUUUUAGUGGCAAGAAUUUUCCAAAUACGACACCUACUGGAAACAGAAAUUCUACAAUACUCUCUUUAGCGGAAUCGACUAAGGAUAUCAGUGCUGCAUUUGUUAACACUAUAAAUUCAGAAAGUAGUAGUGUCGAUAAGCUUCCUGUAUUAGAACCAGGCGAUAAACUUCUCAUAACAAAACCUCCUGAUAAAUUCACAUCGCCUGAUGAUCGAUUGAUGAUGUUGAGUGGUGAGAAAAGGCCAAGUUUUUUGGAAAAGCAACAGCCGAAGUGCAACACCCCAGAAGCACAAAGGAAGAAUGUUUUGGAAAAAAUCAAAGACAAGGGAAAAGAUCUAAUCCACAUGUUCAACACCGACCAUGAUCUGGACGCAAAGAAUCUAGACAAAAAUUUAUUCUACACGCAAAAUGAACAAAUCAGUGAUUCCCCUGGUGGCCAAAAAGGUGAUCAAAAAUCCAAAAAAAAAUUGUCGAAGAAGAACGAACACGAUGAAUUUGUUAACAGUUUGGACGGCCAAGCUAAAUAUUGGAUUGGAAAAGAUUACUGCAAUUUUAUUAUUAAGGAUUUCGAAAACUUGGAUCUUCCAUACGUCGAUUUGGUUGAUCGAUGCACCACUCCCAGAAUGCCCUGGCAUGAUAUAGCCGUGUCAAUUUGUGGUUCAGCAGCCAGGGAUGCAGCAAGGCAUUUUAUCCAACGUUGGAACGUCUGCAAAUUUGAGAAACAACGAGAGAAUCCUUCGUAUCCUUAUUUACUUCCGAAAAGUUAUCGGGACUGGGCUUGGAGCCAGGAUCUUGAGGACGAGUUUGAGAAGAUUGUAGGUGAAGGAGCUUAUAAAGUUACUUGCCAGGUUUUAAGGAGUGCAAGUUGCUGGAGCUGUGGUUUUCUUGAACACGACCAUGUCGAGCAGAGCAUUCAUGAGGCUUAUGUUCAAACAAUAUCGAGGGCUCAGCACUAUAUUUAUAUUGAGAAUCAAUUUUUCAUCACUCUUGCUAUGGGCAAUGAUUCAAGGGUUAAGAACCAAAUUGGAGAAGCUUUGUAUAAAAGAAUUAUGAGAGCCCACAGAGAAAAUGCUGUAUUUAGAGUUUAUGUCGUUAUGCCUUUGUUGCCUGCCUUUGAGGGUGAAAUUGGAGCACCUUCUGGAGCAUCACUUCAUGCCAUCACUCAUUAUAAUUAUGCGUCCAUAUCCAGAGGUAAGGAUUCACUCAUACAACGAUUAAAAGAUUCAGGAAUUGAACACCCAGAAGAUUAUGUAUCGUUUCAUGGAUUAAGAACUCAUGGAGCAUUACCUAUUGAUGGUGCACCAGUAACAGAACUUGUCUACGUGCAUUCUAAAUUACUGAUUGCUGAUGAUAAAACUGUUAUUUGUGGAUCGGCCAACAUCAAUGAUAGGUCUAUGUUGGGGAUAAGAGACUCUGAGAUGGCUGUUAUUAUACAGGAUGAAGCCUUUGAAGAAGGUACAAUGAAUGGAGAAGUAUUUCCUUGUGGAGUCUAUGCAGGAUCGUUGAGAAAACAUUUAUUCAAAGAGCACCUAGGUCUUUUGGAUUCCGAUCAGGAUCAUCUCAGGUACGAUAUCACAGAUGCAACCCAUGAUGCCUUCUGGCACGACGUCUGGCGUCGAGUCUCCAGAGACAAUACAGAAACGCACGAAGCAGUAUUUCGUUGUCUUCCAACUGACCAAGUCAAAGACUUCAAGGAAUUGGCUCGAUAUCAAAGAGUCGAAGUGGGUCAGGCUUUGGCCAAAUUGGAACCUGCUAGGGGCAACUUGGUGGACUUUCCCUUAAACUUUCUUGCCAAUGAAGUGUUGACGCCUUCCGGUUAUUCCAAAGAAGGAAUGCUGCCGACAUCCAUCUGGACUUAAAAUUUAGGAUAGUCUUCAUGAAAUUUAAUUUAUUUAAAGGAUAAGUAAUGAUGGAAAUAUUUCAAUAUUGGCACAAUAGCGGUAAGUAUUACUUUUUAGAGAUAAAAUUAUUUGAUAAGCUUCAGAUUUUUUACUUAAACAUCAAGAAUGUAAUCUAAAUGAUAUAUUAACUGACAAAAGGAAGUUACUAUAUAUAGUAUAGCAAUUUCAAUUACUACUUUUACAAUUAAAUUAAUUCCGUGCCUAUAAUUUUAAGAUAAUUACACAAUUAGCUUUAUGAAUGAAAAGUGCUUUUAUACAUUUGUAAA